GGCCCUCCCCGCCGCGAGAGGAUCAUCCGGGCCCGGGAAGGAGAAGGCGGGGGAGGUCGGGCCUCGGCGGGAGCCCCGCUGCCCGCGCCCCUCGCCUUCUUACCUCCGUUCAGGGCUCGCACUCCGGGCAGCCGUCUCCAGGCGGCUCUGUUUAGCGCCCCCGGUUGCUAGGCAACCGCCCCCUCCCCGAGGGCCGCCGCGGGCCUCCGGGUCGAGUUCCGCCACCAGCGCGGCGUCCUGGACGGCGUCAGCCCAGGCCUCUAGGGUUAUUUUGUAAACUCUAACAUAUGGCUCCUAAACCGGACGUGAACAGGAAUUUGUGACAUAGCUCCUUUACCAGGAUCGAAGAAGACAGGGAAAGAAGAAAACCAUCUUGGACAAAUUAAUUGCUGGAAGAAAUGAUCAAAUUUUGGCUUACAUAUUUUGAAACAUUUUGUAACCAAAAGAAGUAAACAAAUAUGGCAGAACUGUGGUGGCUUUGGCGUAUUGCGAUGGCCCUGGUGUUCAUGGCUCAUGGCAUUCCUACACAUCCUGCCCAAGAGAAAACGGUGUUAGAAGAAAAGGUCAGCCAGUUGAUGGCGUGGACCAAGAAAAACAGAGUGAUAAAAAUGACUGAUCCCGUGUUCAUUCACUUCGUGUUAGAAACACCAAGAAACUACUCUGUUACUGUGAUGUUUACUGUUCUCGAGGAGUUUAGAUCAUGUGUAACAUGCGAAGAAGCUGCUGAAGAAUUUCACAUCUUGGCAGAUUCCUGGCAACACUCCGGUUCAUUCGCCAACAAGGUAUUUUUUGUUUUGAUGGAUUACAAUCUAAGCCCUGAAGUCUUUUGGAUGUUCCGAGUGACCUCAGUUCCGACUUUCUUCCACUUUUCUGCUGACAGGGAAUUUACACCAGAUGACAUUUAUAAUUUGGAUGGAAGGGGUUUCACAGCUGAGGAAAUAGGUGAAUGGGUAGCAGAGAGAAUGAACGUCUACAGCGGAAUCCAACAGCCCACAAUUUAUCAUGGUCCCUUCAUGCUGGGGACAGUUUUGACUAUUACUGGCGGACUUGUGUAUUUAUUGGAAAGGAGUAGGACAUUUGUUUUUUGCAGAAUUUUUGGGGGAUUUGUAAUGCUGUGUUUUGUGAUUGUGAUGACAUCUGGUCAAAUGUGGAUUCAUAUAAAACAAGAACCGUAUGUUCGAACGAAUCCGAAGACUGGACAUAUACGUUGUAUCAGUGAAUUGAGUUACUCUCAGUAUACACCAGAAACAUACAUUGUUGCUUUGUGUAACAUGUGGAUUACCCUGGGAGUGAUGCUGGUAGAUAAAGCUGCCACAUCUAGGACUAAGAUUGUACAGAAGGAAAUGAUGUGUGUGACUGGUAUGUGUCUAGCUGUACUAUUCUUCAGUGGGCUCCUUUCUCUCUUCAGAUUUAAAGUACCUGAGUAUCCAUACAGACUUCUCACAGAUUAAAAAGGAUCCUACAGACACAGACCAGGAACCAAGAAAUUUGAAAAGAUGUGAAAAAAAUGUGAAGCAUAAAAAUGUGAACUCACAACUCUUUAAAGUGAGAUUUAACCAAAAAAGACAUGAAGUGCCUUACAAUAAUAAA